CACAAUACAAUCCCACUCAUCUUCCCUGCGGCGAAAGAACAUCAUCUAAUCAACUCUAUGACUACCUCACCAAGAAUGUCACCUCGAUCUCAACAAGUGCUCACAAGUGUUUACCGUAUCAACCAGCACUGCUCCGUGCCUUGUCAUUGCCGCACGUCAAAGCCCACGAAUGGUCGGAUCGUCGGUUAUUUACUACUAGUAUCUCCUCCGUCAGACAAGCCUAGUGAGCCAUACGCUCCCUUAUUGACAUCCCUCUUCAAAAUCUUCAACACCAUAUCUGUCUACCACGUCGUCUAGACUUGAUAUCCUACAUCAUCCAUACCUCUUCGCCUCCUCCUCCAUACUCCGUAUACCCAGACCAACCUUCCAUUUCCAACUAGACCCAACAUGUCCCAUUCCCCUUCCCGUUCCUUCACCACCCCUUAUCCGAAACCAUACCCUCAAUUCCUCCUCUUCGGCGACUCCAUAACCCAAGGCUGCUCCUCGCACCUCUCCUCUGCUCUCUCAGAAUGGUACAUCCGACGCCUCGAUGUCCUCAACCGGGGAUUUUCCGGCUACACCAGCCAAAUGGGCCUUGACCUGCUUCCACACUUUUUCCCUGGCGCCUCCCAAGGCCACGCACAAGCACAAGUCUCCCUGAUGACGGUCUUCUUCGGCGCCAACGACGCGGUCCUCCCAGGGCACCCUCAACACGUCCCGCUGCACGACUACACUCGAGCCCUCCGCUCCAUCAUCGCCUACCCGGGCAUCGCUCUCCACGGCACAAAGAUCAUCCUCAUCACCCCUCCACCCGUCGACGAGUGGCAACUCGGCAACGACGAACGCACCGCGGUAAACACGCAAAAGUACGCCGCCGCAUGCCGCCAACUCGGCGCAGACCUCAAUCUGCCCACCCUUGACCUCUGGACCAUUUUUAUGACUAAAGCGGGCUGGCGAGAAGACAGUCCAAAGGGUACUCCUCUGAUAGGAAGCAAAGCCGCACCACGGAGCAACGUGCUCGACGAGUUAUUAUCAGACGGUCUGCAUUUCACGCCCAAAGCAUAUCAACUUGUCUUUGACGAACUGGUCAAGCUCAUCCAGGAGAAACUGCCGGACCAUGUCCCCGAGAGUUUGCCGUAUAUUUUUCCAGACUGGAAAGAUAAGCUCGGGAUUGAAGCACAAUGACAGCAGUAACUCCAAACGAGAGUGACAACGAGUGAGUUGAGUCUGGAAAAUGGGUUGCCUUCCGUAGAAGACUGGUAGUACUUACGGUCUCAUGGGGUAAAUUAUAUAAAUAAAACUUACUUAACCGGGGUGCAAAACAGCUG